UAUAUCACCAUCUUUUUUCCUUUGUUACGAAUUUAUGUAUUUUUAAUGCAUAGUGUAGUAUACGUUUUAUACACUAACCUUCAGCAAUGCAGUACAGCAUGAACUUCAUAACAUAAGUAAAGGAGAAAUAAUGGCAAUGUUAUACUUUAUUACAAACAUAAUGCGUGUAAUAGAUAUAUCAGUGGCCAUAAGAAGCUUAUAGAUAUAUCGUGGCUGAUACCGCCUACAUUUACGUCCUGGAAACCUGUUUUUGUCCUGAAAUCAUAAUUCAUUAAUGUUGAUGCUGUUACAAUCAUAAUUUUUGUUCAUUACUUCCUAUUUUUAAUUUAUUGUUGAUGUGGAAUAAAAGUUGAAUUUUAUAUUUUUUUUCUAGUUUAUCAGAUUAUCCGAAAGAAAACAGUAUAUCCAAGAAGAUGUUGAUUAUGUUCGUUUUGGUAUGUUUCUGGUAUCAAGAAGCAAUAGGACAUGUGGUUUUUACCUCCCAGGACCCUGAACCGUUACAGAAGACGCCAUAUGACAGUCAAUUCGACACUUAUUACGAUGGUUGGGCAUAUUUUGAUCAAAGUUAUUAUUACGACGAUAUACCGGAAACCACAAAGGUUUAUGCAGUUAAUACAAAAUCUGGCCGGACAAACUUCAAUCACCAAGGAAUAAAGAACAAACCUAAUUCUUAUGACUUACACGGAUAUCAACGCAUAGAUACGUCUGAAAGGGUGAAGGUUGACUACACUAGGAAAGUGGGUACAAAUUAUAAUGGAAUUAAAAAAUCAAGGGCAUUCGAUGAAGUCCAUAGAAGAAAUAAUGGUUUAGAUGGUCACAAUAGGCUUAUAGGAAUAUAUUCAUCCGGCGGUUCUCAAACGAAAUCCGAACGUGGAUAUCACAAUAGAGAUACUAUUUUAAGAAAUGAAAACGUUGGUUACAGGGCUGAUUAUUCCUCUGGUGUAAAUUAUAUUACACAUGAUCGAUCGACAGGAAAGGUCAAGGAAAUUAAAGAUUAUGUUACAGCGAACUCUGGAAAAACCGGUAGGCCUAUCAUAAUACCAUACUCUCAGUUGAUUGCAACUAUAGUUCCAAUUGGAUCACCAUCUACAACGCAGUCGCCAUUUCUAGACGACGUCACGAAAUCACGAGCGAAUAAAACGCCUCGACAAGGAAGUUUUCAGGAAUCGGUAUCAACAACGCCAAUCAUUCAAAAUACAGGCGAUUCCCAAGGAAGGUCAUCCAGUCAGAGGGUUGGCAUACGAAAGACAUCGGAAGGCGUCAGUUAUGUCCGGGGUCUGAUGUUGUCAGUGCUUCGCCGGACACAGAACACUUAACGAAACAAGGAGAAGCAUGACUACACAAUGUUGAGAAUCCGUCCUUUCUAUAAUUUAUUCCUAGUUUCAGCAUCUAUGGUGCGAAAUAUACAUUUAUUACGUUUGUGCCAAAAGUAAUGAUUGCAAAUUUAUAUGCAGUUUCAUGACUUGUUGUAGCGAAACGUAAAGUUGUUAUCUAUCAUUGUAUGUAUAUCCAUUAGUCCCAACAAGUGAAGGCGUAUUUUGCUCUGAUCCAAUGACGUAGUCAAUAUGUUUUCCAGUUAUAAGAAGAUGACAAUUGUAUACAUGUGCAUUACCUAAGACAUAGUUUUGAAACCCAUUUCUUCUCAAAAGGAAGACAGAGAAAAGAAUGCCACCUUACUACCCAAGUAUAAAUAUAUUGAUAUAAUUAUCAUUUGUAAUGUAGAAGCAAACUUUUACCAUUCCAUUUGUUCUGUUACACGCGUUUGUCUAUAGGAUCAUGAUUACAGAGUGCUGCUAAAAUAUCCGUUAUGGUGGCAUCGUCUAAUGACGAUACCAAACUAUCUGUUUUAGUGGCAUCGUUUAUUGACGAUACCAAAAUAUCCAUGUUAGUGGAAUCUUCUAGUGACGAUACCAAACUAUUUGUUUUAGUGGAAUCGUUAAGUGACGAUACCAAAAUAUCCGUAUAGUGGCACCGUCUAGUGACGAUACCAAAAUAUCCAUGUUAGUGGAAUCUUCUAGUGACGAUACCAAACUAUCUGUUUUAGUGGAAUCGUUUAAUGACGAUACCAAAUAUCCGAUAUAGUGGCAUCAUCUAGUGACGAUAAAGGUUUAGUAUUCAUUCGAGAUAAAGUAGUACCGAGAUGCCUUCUCAUAGUACCAGUACUUUACUGCUGUCGUUCUUGUAAACUUUGUCACCAGCAGAACUAUUUUAUCAACUGUGAUGUAUAAUUAGCAUGUUAAGUUGAUAUAACGAUAGAUUGUAGAAUAUUGUUUUUAUUUGCUAAGUCUUCCUCUUUGUUGUUCAUUAUUUAUUUAUAUUUUGCACACAUCCGUUAUAGUACAUAUUAGUUCAUAUUUAUAUAAUGCUACAUUGUCGAUCUAUACCUUUUGUAUAUGUGUAUGUAUUUGAAAUGUGUGUGGUGUAUAUAAUCCGAUUGCCUCCCUUUACCCGUUGUUAUACCAUACGUAUACUUAAGCAAUGAUCGAUAUGGCAGCAAGAUGUAUGGUGGGCAAAUGGCAUGGGAACCCGUUAGGGUUUCCAUGCUACAUUUGCCCACCAUACAUCUUGCUGCCAUAUCGAUUAU